AUGGCUAUCCAAUCGAACCACAGCACGGUCCUACUGGAAACGGUUGUUCUAAUCGUCGUCGAUCAACACGGCAAGGAAUUCACCGUACGAGCGCUCCUAGAUUCUGCAUCGAUGUCCAACUUCAUCACCAAGCGGCUGGCAAACGCUCUUGUCACGCAGCGUACUGCAGUGGACGCUGCUGUAUCAGGACUAGGAGAAUCCGUCAAGCAGAUCAAACGCCAAAUCACGGCUACGAUCAAAUCGAAAACGAACACUUUUUCCACCACACUCAAAUUUCUCGUAAUGAAGAAACCAUCUGCCAAUCUUCCGACUAUCGCCAUCAACACAGCUGCGUGGACCUUAUCAAGCGUUCCACUGGCCGAUCCGCACUUCAAUAUUCCGGGCAUGAUCGAUAUCAUCAUCGGUCGGGAAUGCUACCACGAAAUCUACACCGGUAACCGCAUAGCACUCGGGAACGGUGUACCAUUGCUGGUCGAAACACACUUCGGAUGGGCAGUAUCUGGAAAAACGUCCACCAAUUCAGCUGAUGCACCACCAGCAUGCUACAUAUCGACCACCGACCGAUCCCUCGAAUCAGCACUUCAACGUUUCUGGGAGCUUGAAGCCGUCGAUAAUGGCCCGACGCAUUCCUCAGAAGAGAAAUUAUGCGAAGAGAUCUAUGCCACUACUACCACUUGA